ACUGCCAGGAGCUGCUGCUGCCACCACCACCGACCCCCAUGGCCUAUACUCCAGGCGGGGGCGCCCCAGUGGCGGGGGCGGCCCCCGUGGGCUCCCCAUACUGCGUGUGCAAGGUGGAGCUGUCUGUGAGUGGCCAGAACCUGCUGGACCGGGAUGUCACCUCCAAGUCCGACCCUUUCUGUGUCCUCUUCACGGAGAGUAAUGGCAGGUGGAUGGAGUACGACAGGACAGAAACAGCCAUCAACAACCUCAACCCCGCGUUCUCCAAGAAAUUUGUCCUCGACUACCACUUUGAAGAGGUGCAGAAGCUCAAGUUCACCCUGUUUGACCAGGACAAGUCCAGCAUGCAGCUCGAUGAGCAUGACUUCCUGGGCCAGUUCUCCUGCAGCUUGGGCACAAUCGUCUCCAGCAAGAAGAUCACUCGGCCUCUGCUGCUGAUGAAUGACAAGCCAGCAGGGAAGGGCUUGAUUACGAUUGCUGCCCAGGAGCUGUCAGACAACCGGGUCAUCACGCUGAGCCUGGCAGGCAGGAAGCUGGACAAGAAGGACCUCUUUGGCAAGUCAGACCCAUUUCUUGAGUUUUACAAGCCAGGGGACGAUGGCAAAUGGAUGCUGGUCCACAGGACUGAGGUGAUCAAGUACACACUGGACCCUGUGUGGAAGCCAUUCACUGUGCCGUUGGUGUCCCUGUGUGAUGGGGACAUGAACAAGCCCAUCCAGGUCAUGUGCUAUGAUUAUGACAAUGACGGGGGACAUGACUUCAUCGGCGAGUUGCAGACAACGGUGUCACAGAUGUGUGAGGCCCGUGAUGGCAUCCCGCUGGAGUUGGAGUGCAUCAACCCCAAGAAGCAGAGAAAGAAGAGGAGCUACAAGAACUCAGGCAUCAUCGUCCUGCGUUCCUGUAAGAUACACCGAGACUACUCCUUCCUAGACUAUAUCCUGGGAGGCUGCCAGCUCAUGUUCACCGUUGGAAUAGACUUCACAGCUUCCAACGGGAAUCCCCUGGACCCAUCAUCUUUGCACUACAUCAACCCCAUGGGCACCAAUGAAUACCUGUCGGCCAUCUGGGCGGUGGGUCAGAUCAUCCAGGACUACGACAGUGAUAAGAUGUUUCCUGCUCUGGGAUUUGGGGCCCAGCUGCCCCCAGACUGGAAGGUCUCCCAUGAAUUUGCCAUCAACUUCAACCCCACCAACCCCUUCUGCUCGGGCGUGGAUGGUAUCGCCCAGGCAUACUCGGCCUGUCUGCCCCACAUCCGCUUCUACGGCCCCACCAAUUUCUCCCCCAUCGUCAACCAUGUGGCCCGGUUCGCAGCUCAGGCCAUGCAGCAGCAGACAGCCAUGGGACCUGGCUGGGCCUGACUGACCAUUGAGUCCCACAGGUAGGACUUCCCAGGCCCUGUCCCCAGCCUGCUCUCCAGGCUCAAGCUCUACGGCAGGCACCUAGUGUUGAGGUGGUGGAUUGUGGUGUGAGCCAAAAAAACUUGAGUCCAUUUCUCUCCUGGCUGCCACCCCUCGGGAGGCCUCAACAAAACCCAGCCCCUGCCUUGGAUUCCACUUCCAAUGAAAGGGAAAGAAAGCUGGAGCUUUCCAUUCUACUUCAAACUAUGAUCCCAAAUUUCUCCACUUGCCCAUUGCCAUGGCCCCCACUAUCUCUUACCAUUUGCGUGGGGCAAAUCACAGUGUACCACCAUGUGCCCAACUGCAGAUGGGAGUACUAUAGGGACUGUCUUGAGGGAUUGGUAUUAGGAUCCAAUGAGGUAACAGCACCUGGCACCUAAAAGGCUUGAAAGACAGGCCAGCUGAAUUCAGUGGAAAGCAGCCUAGAGAAGACACAGCACAAAGUGCUGAGGUGGCCCAGGGAGGAAGGCGGUCACAGUGUGGGGAGGGAGGGGUGCUGGGCACCCUCUGCAGUGGGAGUGUGACUGAUCCAUCAACUACAGUCUUGGACCAUGGCAGCUGAGAGCUAAGAUUGGACUCUUCCUCACUCUUAGCCUCUUUCCCUUUUAUGAAAUGGGAGUAGUGAGCCAGGGGGCUGAGCAUCUUGAUCCCUUAAAUGGGAAGUAGCUCAGGAAGGCCCAGGAGGGACAUUUUUCUUAGUUACUAGGGGCUGGAGUAGAACAGGUUGGAGAGCAGAGCUAGAGGUGGCCUGCAGCUCAAAGUUUCCACUCUCCCAUUAGGAUGCCAGGCCAUAGCCCCACCCAGUCUCUUAGCAGCCUGAGCUCUCAAAGGGACUCAGAACAAAGCCUGUAUUUUCCUCAGGAGAAACAAGUGGGGCGGGGAUCAGGAACACAGCCUAGCAUUGGUGCCAGGGUCUCUCACCUGCUAC